UCUUCCAUUGUAGAGAGAGAGAUAGAGAGCCACCCGCGUGGCAAGCGCGUCUGAAGGCUCGCCUAUUUCCAGGCACUUCCACGUUGUUCUCUGCAAUCCUCUUUCUCUUCUCCUGCUCUUCCUCUCGGUCACCAACUACUACCACUUGCUUCUUUCUCUUUCUUUCUCUAAGAAGAGGUCUGGUGGUCAGAGAAGUCAGUUAAGAGAGGAUGGAGAGAUAAAGUUCUGUGCUUGUGUCUCCCGCCAGCUUGAGUUUUUCUUUUUUGGCUCUCUCUUUUGUUGAGUGGAGUUUGCUUGGCGUUGUCUUUUAUUUCUCUGAUUUUCAGGUUUAAUAUCAAGACGGAUUCAUUAAAGAUCUCUGCUGAUAUUUUAGCUAUUUUCCAAUCACUCUGGCCGACCCUCAAGCAGCAUCAUCUCGCACCUUGAGAGAGGUGUGGGUUCAAGAGGAUGCUUGUGUUCCUCUCUUUUCAACUCCAAUCUCUGCACUUUUGUAUGUCUGGCUUCUCUUCCGCAUGGUAAAAGGAUCUCCGAUUGACAAUGGCUAGCCCUUAAUUAUUUGCUAAUGAAAAAGUCCUUUUUUAAGUAGACCAUUUAUACCAUUAUUUUCAAUUCCAUAUUCCCCUUUACGUUUUUAGUGUUGCAAAGAAGAUUGGUGUGUAGUAUAGAACUCUAUCUAGUGAUCUUAUAUUGUUUGUGAGUGGUAAUCCUACCGCAAGAUGGCAAGGUUUAAUUGCUUCUCUUCGUUGCUGGUCGGCAAGAAGAAGAAAUCAAAGGAAUCUCCGAAAUCUGUGAGUGCUAAGCAUGUGAGCAGUCACGGAGGAAAUCCGACUGUGAAGCCAGAGGAAUUGAUCAAUCAAUCGUAUGGAAAGGAAGAAAAGGAGGUUGCUUUGGAUAUCUUGAUGUCAUUCAAAACCGAUGAAAGGAGUUCUCCUUUGUGUGUUAAAGCGGUGCAUGAUGAGAAAUUGUCUCGAGCUGAGACACCAGCAGAGGCGGCUUAUGAAGGCGGUGAUGAGCACGAUGAUAUGGUGUCAAUGAAGAGGGAUUACUCUGACUUGGAUCUCCAAGCUCUUGAUGCAGGCAAAGGUGAACUCAAGUCGCAUGAUUUGAAUAACUAUGAAUUGGAGAACAAGUCUGAGAGGGAGGAAGAAGGAAUUACUCCUGAAUUAGCUAUGCAAAGCGGCCAUGCAAGUGAUCCUGGCAUGGGUAGAACAACUGCAUUCUGGGGCUCUCCAAGGUUGAAACGGUCGUGCUCCAACAUUGAGACUAAGCGAAAUACCCAAUUACCAGCAUCUCCAUUGAAGUCUCAGUCCUACAAUGAUCUUCAGAACUUGGCAGGGAAUGCAAAUGGAGAUCUCCUGAAUGGAAUGCCAAGCAGCCCAUUGUCUGCUAUGACUAACUGCAGUGCAGAUAGGGUGAUGCUAAAGAAGCGGUCUUCAAGCCAGGUUCUACCUUCAAGAAGCCGGAAACUAUGGUGGAAGCUCUUUCUAUGGAGCCACAGAAAUUUGCACAGGCCUCGGAAUUCUAAGCCUCAGAGGCUACUCUCUACUAAGCAUGCUGGAAAUAAAAAAGGUGGCUAUUUUUCUGAUACACUCGAACCAAAUUGUGCUCCCGACACGAAGAACAAGAGGCCAAUGGAGGAAAAGGGAAACAACAACAGAGCUGAUAUGUGGCCUCAGAACCAGUGGGUAGCUUUCUCUGCGGGAUCCUCGCCUCUAGAUAGAGUUAAUGCUUGGGUGAACAGUCUUGAAUCAAGCCCAUUUUGCCCAAUCGAUGAUGAUGAAAUCGAUGAAGGAGAAACAUCAGGCUCUGUACCAUUACUGAACUCUUCUGAGAUUGGUGAGUCAUCAGGGAAGAACCACUCCUACACAGGGAAGCGAUUCGUCGAGGAAUUCGUGCAGGCUAACAACAUCAUCCAAUCUUUGAACCCACUUUCUUCAGUGGCUCACAUCUCUGGAAUGGGCUUGAAGGUUAUUCCCUCUAUUUCAGCCUUCUCCAGCCUUCGUGCUGUGAAUCUUUCUGGCAACUUUAUAGUUCACAUUACUCCUGGCAUGCUGCCGAAGAGCCUCCAUGCACUAGACCUGUCUCGCAACAAGAUUGCAACCAUUGAGGGACUCAGAGAGCUGACAAGGUUGCGAGUUCUCAAUCUCAGUUAUAACCGGAUUUCUCGCAUUGGCCAUGGACUAUCUAAUUGCACUCUCAUCAAAGAACUGUAUCUCACCGGAAACAAGAUCAGUGAUGUGGAGGGACUUCAUCGGCUUUUGAAACUCUCUGUACUAGACCUGAGCUUCAACAAAAUAACAACAGCCAAGUCCCUAGGCCAGCUUGUGGCCAACUACAACUCCCUUCUGGCCCUCAACCUGCUUGGCAAUCCAAUACAAAGCAACAUAGGGGAUGACCAGCUUCGGAAAGCUGUCACCGGCCUCCUCCCAAACCUUACUUACCUAAACAAGCAACCCAUAAAACCUCAGAGAGUAAGAGAGGUAGCUACUGACAGCGUCGCAAGGGCUGCCCUUGGCAAUAGCGGCUGGAACUCUCGUCGGAGGUCUGCCAGACGGGCAAGCCAAGGCUCAGCAUCUUUGAUCAGAGGUGCAAGCAGCAGCAUCAGUGGGCAGAAGAGCAACAAACACAGAUCAAAGAGCAGACAUGGAUCAUCAUCAAGGAAGUAAGUUCGCAUGCGUGAAAUCGAACCAAUGGGCUUGGAUACAUGUCCUGUUAUUAUGAUUAUUCUGAACAACAUAUUGAUCGAUAUGGUGUGAAUUUGGACGGUUUGUUAAUUGAUAUCAUAUUGAUUAUUAGAUGAAUCGAUCUAGAAUUUCUAGUCUUGGAUUAGAUUUUGAAGAGUCUUUUCCAUAAGAGCAAUCAAAUGAUAUCACUUGAAGGUGUUGUUUGAUCUCUUUUCAGUGACAUUGUUGUAAUUAUUGUUUCACAGUUGUUUGUGAGCUUCUGUACAAAAUUUUAUUGGUUUGCUCUUGAUGUUA